AUGGACGCGCAGGCUUCUACAUCGUCAGGCGCUAUAGACCAACGCAGAAAGGAUGCCCUCAAGAACUAUCGCGAUAAAAUGCGAAAUCACGAAACUAAUAGCGAAAGCCUCAAAAACCUCCGAUUCUCUCUGAAGGAUUUAGAGAAGGCAUAUGAGAAGACAGAGGAUGAUAUCAAGGCCGUCCAGUCUGUCGGCCAAAUUAUUGGGGAGGUUAUGAAGCAACUUGACGAUGAUCGUUUUAUUGUGAAGGCCUCAUCGGGCCCCCGCUAUGUGGUCUCAUACCGACCAACACUUCCCGUCGCAAAACUGAAAACGGGCACCCGCGUUUCACUUGACAUGACCACAUUGACAAUAAUGCGUAUCCUUCCUCGAGAAGUUGACCCACUUGUGUACAAGAUGAGUAUGGAGGACCCAGGAGGAGCCUCAUUUGCAGGAAUUGGGGGUUUGGGGGAACAAGUUCGAGAACUCCGAGAGAUCAUUGAACUACCCUUGUUGAAUCCAGAACUAUUUCUCCGGGUCGGAAUCAAGCCUCCCAAAGGCGUUUUGUUGUAUGGACCUCCAGGGACCGGAAAGACCCUCCUGGCUCGUGCCGUAGCAGCAACCCUACAAACAAAUUUCUUAAAGGUCGUCUCCUCCGCCAUCGUUGAUAAGUACAUUGGGGAGAGCGCCCGCGUCAUCAGGGAAAUGUUUGGUUAUGCCCGUGAUCACGAACCUUGUGUCAUUUUUAUGGACGAAAUCGACGCUAUUGGUGGCCGUCGUUUCUCGGAAGGCACGAGUGCAGAUCGCGAAAUCCAGCGUACUCUCAUGGAGCUUUUGAAUCAGAUGGAUGGGUUCGACUCCCUUGGGAGGACCAAGCUCAUUAUGGCAACAAAUCGACCUGAUACCCUUGACCCUGCCCUUCUCCGGCCUGGACGACUAGAUCGCAAAAUUGAGGUGCCGCUUCCAAAUGAGCAAGCUCGCUUAGAAAUUCUCAAGAUCCACGCGGCGCCUGUGAAUAAGUCUGGCGAAAUUGACUACGAGUCCAUUGUUAAAUUGUCGGACGGGUUCAAUGGAGCUGAUCUUCGAAACGUUGUGACCGAGGCAGGAAUGUUCGCUAUCAGAGACGACAGGGAGUAUGUUCAACAAGAGGAUCUUACGAAAGCGGCAAGGAAGGUAGCCGAAGCAAAGAAGCACGAGAGUCAGUUCCUCCUCUUUCUCUCAUAUUUCACAUACUGA